ACGAAAUAUCUCCAAAGCCCCCUCCCCUUCUCGCUUCUCCCUUCCCUCCCCCUCUCGCUCUCCCCGCGUCGCCGCCGCCGCCUCCCACCUCGCCGUGCCCAGGAUGUGGGGCAGCACCGACGGCGGCACGCCGGAAGUCACCCUCGAGACCUCCAUGGGCGCCAUCACAGUCGAGAUGUACUACAAGCACGCGCCCAAGACCUGCAGGAACUUCGUCGAGCUCGCGCGCCGCGGCUACUACGACAACGUCAUCUUCCACCGCAUCAUCAAGGAUUUCAUUGUGCAAGGUGGGGAUCCUACUGGAACCGGCAGAGGUGGCGAGUCCAUCUACGGAGCAAAGUUCGAGGAUGAGAUAAAGUCAGAGUUGAAGCACACUGGAGCUGGAAUUCUGUCCAUGGCGAACGCUGGUCCAAAUACAAAUGGGAGCCAGUUCUUCAUAACUCUCGCGCCUUGUCAGUCACUUGAUGGAAAGCAUACAAUCUUCGGGAGGGUAUGCAGAGGAAUGGAAAUUGUUAAGCGCCUUGGAAGUGUGCAGACUGACAAAAAUGACAGGCCCAUCCAUGAAGUGAAAAUCCUUCGAGCCAUCGUCAAAGAUUGAGACUCAAGCAUCUCGUGCAGAGUUUGGCCCUGUGAACUAUGUUUGUGUUGGUUUAGGUUUAAUGUUCCUGAAAGCGGUGCCAUGCGAGAAAAAGAUUGAGAAACGGCCUGAUCCUGGCCUGGACGACUGUUAUAGAAAAUCCAGCAAGUGAUGAAUCUCAUCUCUCGAUCUGUCGUCUGACCUGAAAACCUAGCUGCAGUCAAUCAUAUCAUUUAUUGUAAUAGCAUGGAUUUGAAGCGGCGACAUGGCUUCCUGUGUGCCCUGAUCUCUACUAUGAAUAUGAUGCAUCUGCCAGAGAUGAUGAGCACGUUGCUUGCAUUGUGGAUACAA